CUAGAAGGUUAUGUUACGCUUGUGCAUGGUUAGGUUAUAAUUGUUUGUUUUUCACGAAGAAGUUUAAUUUAAAAUCUAAUCUUUGACUAAAAUGUCCGAUAAUGAAUAUGAAGCCUUCGAAAUAACCGAUUAUGAUCUGGAAAAUGAAUUUAAUAUUAACCGACCAAGAAGAAUUUCUAAAAAUCAGCAAAUUUACGGAAUAUGGGCUAGAGAUGAAGACAGCGAUAAUGAAGGAGACAGACCUUCCUUUAAGGGAUCUAGAAAACCAAAGAAUUACACGGCUCCUAUUGGUUUUGUGGCUGGAGGAGUACAACAAGCAGGUAAGAAAGAAGAAAAAAAAGAGGAUGAUGACGAUGAUGAUAAUGAUCCAGAUGCAAAAAUUCAUCUUCAUGGGUCAAGUUCUAGUGAUGAUGAACCUCGUAUGUCAUCCUUCAAGGGUGACAUUCUGUCAUCAAUUACCGAUGAGAUAGCUGGUUUAAGAAAGAAAACUAAGACUAAAUAUAAUCCACUUCUAUCACAAAGAGGCGUUGGAACAUGGGAAAGACAUACUAAAGGCAUUGGUGCUAAGCUUUUACUACAGAUGGGUUAUCAACCAGGAAAAGGUUUAGGUAAAGAUCUUCAAGGUAUCCAGGCUCCUAUUGAAGCUAAUCUUCGUAAAGGACGCGGUGCUAUAGGGGCGUAUGGUCCUGAAAAGGCCCAGAAGAUAGCAGAUAUCAAACCAGAAGCAAAAUCUGAAAGUAAAGAUGGAGACAAAAUUUCUCAGUGGAGGAAGAGUGGAGAUAGUAAGCCAAAGAAAACAAAAUAUGUCUACAAAAGUAUUGAGGAUGUUUUAGACCAAAAUUAUCAACCCGUCAGGAAAAGAGAGUUUAAUGAAUUAUCAAAAGUAAAAGUAAUUGACAUGACAGGACCAGAGCAAAGAGUUUUAUCUGGAUAUCAUGCAAUAUCAGGCACUCAGAAGCCAUCCGAUGAGUGGGAGAUCAGGAAAGAAAAAGAAUUCAAGAACUUUCAGCUUCCCGAAUUACAGCAUAACUUGAACCUUCUCGUAGAUAUGUGUGAACAGGAUAUAGUUACUAGUGAUCGAGCUUUGCGUUACAAUGAAGAUAGAGUUGUCAGCCUUGAAAAUGAAGUAGUGAAUUUGCAGAAAGUAACCCUUCAAGAAGAGACUGUGAUCAGCGGCUUGCAGCACAUACUGGACGUCCUGGAGAGACUUACUUCUACUGAAGCUAAUCUCAAUCUUGAUGAAAUAGCGGCUGCUUAUGAAGAACUCCAGGAAAAGCAAAUGACCGAUUACAUGAUAUACGAUCUAGCUUCAUUAGCGCCGUCAUUGGUUCGACCAUUGUUGAAAACAGAGUUGGCCUCAUGGGAUCCACUCUCCGAGCCACACAAACCUAUUCCUAUCCUUCAACGAUGGAAAAAAAUUUUUGAAAGAACUCAGUCGGCCGGGCCUCUUGCUGCUGCUCCAACUCUUCUUGAUCCAUACCAUCGAUUGCUGUGGGAUGCUUGGAUGCCUUGCAUAAGAAUAGCGGUCAAUGCCUGGAAUGUUAAAGUUCCUGACCCAAUGAUAGACCUCUUGCAGACAUGGCACGCCCUGGUUCCUCCUUGGAUACUCGAUAAUAUUCUACAACAAUUAAUAAUGCCAAGAAUACAGCAUACCGCUGAUGAAUGGAAUCCUCUUACUGACACUAUUCCAGUUCAUACCUGGCUCCACCCAUGGCUUCCCCAGCUUGGCAAAAGACUCAGGGUAUCAGUUUUUCCUGUCAUUCGCCAGAAGUUGGCUUCCGCACUCACAAGUUGGCAUCCCUCUGACAAUUCUGCUCGCUUGAUGUUACAACCGUGGGUUUCAGUUUUCACUCAGCAAGAACUGGAUACUUUCUUGAUCAAUAACAUCAUUCCUAAGUUAGCUCAUGUCCUGCAAGAGUUUGUGAUAAAUCCAGCUCAACAGUCAUUAGAUAGUUGGAAUUGGGUAAUGGAUUGGGUUGAAGUUAUUCCGCCGCAAAUCAUGGCUGAUGUUCUUGAAAAGUCGUUCUUUCCAAAAUGGCUGCAGGUACUCACAAUGUGGCUUAACAUGGCUCCUAAUUAUGAUCAGGUGACUGAAUGGUAUUCAGGUUGGAAGUCUUUGAUUCCUCCAGCGUUAAGAGACCAACAACAAAUCAAAGAUCAGCUGCGAACUGCCUUAGACAUGAUGAGCCGGUCAGUGGGAGGUGGUUCAAUGGCAGCACCACCUCCAAUGGUCCAACCACCUCCACCCCCCGUCAUACACUCUGAUGUUAGAUAUCAGAAUAUGCAGCAAGGUAUUGCUGAAGCUGUUCGAACUGCUUCUCAAAUGAUCGAAGGAUUCAAGGAAUUAGUUCAGAAACGAUGUGAAGAAAGAGGAAUCGUUUUUCUUCCUUUGCCUAACCGGUACCGAGAAGGGAAGCAAAUUUACAGAUGUGGACUCCUACAGAUCUAUAUUGACAGAAAUGUACUCUUCUACAGUGACAAUGGAGCCAAUUGGAAUCCCAUAUCAUUGCAAGCUUUGUUAGAUAAAGCUGUUAGUGGGGUCUAAAUUAAAACAUGUGUAAAUAUUUAUAUGUAUAGUUUAUAAUGUAUAUACUUUUGUAAUUAUGACUUGAUUGUAAAAUAUAUUUAGUUUUCAUAAUUAAUA